UAACAGUCUUUUGAGAGACAAAUUAACAGGUUAAGUGAGAGUGUUACCUUUGAUGCGGUUUCAUCAUACUGAAAAACACUGCAAAGGUUCCUGGGUCCACCACCAAGGCUGCUGCUGGGAUAACAGGAUAAUAUCUUCCUCCAUGCCCCUCCUCUUUUUUGUGUUGUGUGUGAAAAGCAAAUACAGCUAUAGAUGGAGUUUUAGUUGUGGAGCCCGUUGGAUGAUUGGAUGGACUGUAGGCUACAAUGCUGUUUUCUCGACAAAAAAGACUGAAGGUGACGCUACUGUAUCUCUUCGUACUCUGUGCAGCCCAGCAUUCAGCCCAGCCUGAGAAUCGGCAGGUGAAAGGCAUUGUGGGAAAGUUGAUCUAUUUUCCAGAGACUGUGUUGAAUUCUGGCAAUUUACUUUAUGGAGACCUUGGCAACAUUGCACAGGUGUACUCUGGUAAAGAAAGUAAUACCAACCUUGUGAAGAAAUUUAAAAACCGCCUUCACUGGAACAGUGUUACUGGAUUCUUCACUUUGUCAGACCUACAAAUAGAGGAUUCUGGGGUUUAUACUGUGGAGAAUACAAAUGAAGAUGAAGGGAAGAUGACACAUACAUUUCAGCUGACUGUGUACUAUGUUCUAUCCAAACCUCAGGUGACGGUCCAUGACAACAUCCCCUGUAGCGUGGUGUGUUCUGUGGAGAACGGGAGAGAGGUGACCCUGUCCUGGUACAGAGGAGGAGAGAUACUCAACCAGAGCAGCAGCCCUGACCUCAACAUCACCCUCUCUCUACCUAUCAAGGUGGAUGAACAGAACAGAGACUCUUACAGAUGUGAGGCUGCCAACCCAGUCAGCAAUGAGACCGCUGCUGUUCCAAAUUCCUGUAAAGAGAGUGAUCACGCCAAGGUGACAGAUGGUGAUGAGCGGUCUCGAUAUUGUCUUAUUAUUGCUGUAAUCUGCGUUUUGGUUGCCUCAGGACUUGCAAUCUAUCUUAAGAAGAGGAGAACCGGACACUCACAUGCAGAUUCACCUGGAAGAAAGCAAGAUGACAUUCAGUAUGCAGAGAUAACUCACAUUAAACCAGCAGAUAAGCAGGAGCGAACAGGUAUACAAGGACUGGAGUCGCUUAGAGACAAACCUAACCUGACAUUAGUUUAUGAUACAAUCCAGUUACAUCGCAUGGCUGCCAUUGAGGAUGUUAACACUGUGUAAGAAGGAGCAAAACAGGACGGUUCUGAGAGGGUGACAUGAUAAUUCACAUCCAAGAGAAGGCGUUACAUCCUAAAGAGGACGUUAAGACAAAAUUAUAGUAAAUAUUCAUCUAGACUAAAUAGAGACACAGUUGUUAUUGGAGACUUUGUUGGUCAUUCUCAGUCUUUUGUUGAAUUGGGGCCUCGAUGAGAAUCACUGAUACAAACAAAUUCAAUAGCUAUGCCUAGGGUUAUUAGUAGGAUGAUCCCUCUUUUCAAUUGCCCAUUGUCCCAAUUUAUAGGUUAAAACAAAUGGAAUCUAUCUUUUAAUCCAAUCCACUAGUGUGUUUGCUAUGCUACUGCUGGGCCAAAGCUUCUUUUCAAAACUGUCUGUUGUGUUGUUUUAAAUGUAGGUGCCUCCCCUGUAUCUUUUUAUAGCUGGUCAUUGUUUAGCUUGCCAGUGGAUAGCAGCUGUGUAAAUAAAAAGCAGAUGUUUGGUGAGAUAAAGCCACCUACUCCUUAGAAGCAAUGGCUGUUAGACUACGUUAGAAACAAAAAGUCCAUAGGUUUAUUUUUUUCCUUUCAC